AUGCAGCGGGGCGCAAGUGGCGGGGCACCAGGGAAGUCAUGGCGGUCGCGCGCGUCCGGUGGCGAAGGGAAUGAGAUCGCAAUAACAGCAGGUGGCACAGUUUGUGGGCGCACCCUCUGGGUGGCGUUCGUGGCGGCGGGGUGGGCCAAA